AAUUGUGCACUAUUGAAGGAUGCAACCAUGACAGAUAAGUAUCUGGAAAUCAUUGGGAAAGUGGUCAAUGUGAGCAUGCUGCAGAUGACAUUCUGCGUGCCUAUGGAGGAUUCAGUUGGUAUGUGCACCUAUUCUUUAGCUUCUGUUCCAAUCCAAUCCAAAGCUGCUGCGUGCUCACUCAUAUUCGUGUAG